UGCUAUUGUGUGUGCUGUUCUGUGCUCGUUUUGCGUAUUAACCCGGAGGCCAAACGGAACCCACGAUGGCCGCGAAUUUUCCACCCGUACCGCCCGCGUUGAAGUCCAUCCAGCAUUAUCUGAAGACCGCACAGGAACAUGAUUCGCGCGAUCCAAUUGUAGCCUACUGGUGCCGUCUGUACGGGCUGCAGCUUGGUCUGAAAGUUUCCAACCAGGGAGUGGAAGAACGGAAACUGCUGCUAGCUAUAAUGGACUGGCUGGAAACGACCAAGGGACAGAUGGCGGACAACGAAUCCAUUACGAACGAUGUGGCCGCGCAGGCUUAUCUGGAAAAUUACGCCCUCAAGCUGUUCCUGUACGCAGACAAGCAAGACCGUGCGAGCAACUUCGGGAAGAACGUAGUGAAAGCGUUCUAUACGGCCGGGAUGAUCUACGAUGUGUGUCAGAUAUUUGGCGACCUAACGGAAGAAGUAACACAGAAUCGAAAGUAUGCAAAGUGGAAGGCAUCAUACAUUCAUAACUGUCUGAAAAACGGGGAAACACCCGUUGCGGGCCCUAUGCCUACCGAGGACGACAAAGAAUUUGACCACGAUGCCUUUCUGCCGAACGCGGAUCCACAGCCGGGACCUAGCAAUACUCCUGCACCGCAACAACCUCCCCCAGUAUCAUCGCAACCACCGCCGGCUGGUCCGACCAACUUCAUCACCUCGGACCCGUUCAGCAACGUGAAAGCUCCGACACCGCCGAGUGAACCGGAAAAACCACCGGGAGGCUUCCAACCGUACAUGGGAGGUCCGGUAGCGGGUGUUGUCGGUGCUCCAGUGGAAACGAACCGUUUGGUCUCACCUACUGGCGUGCAGCUGCGGCCGGACCAACUUACCAAAGCACAGAAAUACUGCCGAUGGGCAGAAAGUGCACUCAACUACGAGGAUUUGAAAACGUCGAUCGAUAAUCUCCAGAAGGCGCUACGUCUGCUGCAAACCGGACAGGACGGCUAGGCUCGAUGGGAAUGCCAAGCAUUUCUUUGUUGUUUAAAUACUUUUUUAUCCUAGUAUUCGCGCUUGUAUCUGUACCAUGUACUCAGAGAACUAAUCAACAUUUUGCUUAAUAAAGGAAACAACACGUA